GUAGAAAGGGGAGUCAUGCAGGUGCAGGUCAUGUGAAAUAUUUGCACUUUGUCGUAAUUUGCGUAACCCAUUGCAUAUAUAAUAAAUCCGCGCUGCGCGCGGCUAAAGCGCCGCGAUAGAAAAUCGUUUCACAAUCUAAAGAGAAAGGGAACCUUUCUGCCUCGUCUCGCGCGCCCGAAAGGCGGGAGGAGGGAAUGGGGAGAGAGUAGCGCGGAGAUGCAUGCGUCCGCUUCUCUCUGUGUACGAUCGUGAGGCGCCCGAAUAUCGCGAGAAGCGCGUCGCAUUCUGUUUUUGAGAUAAAUUGAGUUGUUACCCGUGGCCAAUUAAUGCCUAUUCCCAGGUUUGCCACCUUUCCGGUUUAGGAGGAUCAAGCGGAGUCUUCGGGCUAUACCGAAGAAUUAAAUCGAGAUUUAGACAGUUUGCUCUCAUAUUUUACACAAUAGCGAGCUUUUUUGAAGAUCUUUUGAUCGAGAUUUACACAUGUAGACGGCAAUUAUGAUGACAAAUGCGCUAAGAAGCAAAAUUCCUUUUUUAAAGGUUAAACACGACCUUUGGCUCAAAAUUGAGAUAAGUGACUGUUUUACGGUACUUAAGAGGGUAGACUCGGACAACGGCGAAGUGACGUCAGAGAGACACGUGACACGACGUUACGCGAGUCAUUCGUUUUUCUAAUUCGCGAUUUUGUCACGACAUGCCGUCUUGUCAUCGAUCAGAAGUAGCAAAAAAGCAAUGGUUUCCGAUGGUUUUAGCGGUGCACGAGGGAUGAUUCGUCGAACAGUUUCGACGCGGUGGAAGAAAACCUCGUGUGGCCUCGAGGGCGGGGGAGAAACAUCGGGAGAGAAGUGUGCCAAAGUCGGAGGUAGGAGUCCCCUCGAUAGCUCACGUCGAUAAUCGCGCCGUCGAGACGCGCGGGCGGCAUAUUUGCGGUGCAAGAAGGACGCGAUGAUUCGCUGGACAUACGCCCGAUCGAGACGACGGAAUCGUAGGAGAUCGAAGGAGAAGAAAAAAAUUUGCCGGAUGAAGAACCGUCCCAGUAGAUAAUCGACGAUGCUAAUCCGCUAGAGAACAACUUCCUAAAAAAGGAGUUCAAAUAUCAGUCAUCUGCAUUCAUCACACAGUGAAUACGAGGAGUGAUAGAGCCGAUCAAAUUAGUUUCGAACGCACCCGAUGUGUCCGUUCAAGAAUCAUAUCGCAAGAACUCGAGAAACAUCAGUGAGCCGUGAUUUGAACUCAAGGUUGGAAGUGUCGAACGCUUUUUUCCGCUCGUGUUAGUGUUUGUCACAGCGGCGCGUCGGAAACGGCGUCGCGACGAUCGUGUUACUUGGUUUCACCAACGGAAAAUAACUUCGACUAUUGAUCAAGAAGAUAGCUUGUUCACAGAACGCGAUGUCCGCGACAGCAUUCGACGAGGAUUCGGUAGCCCGGUGCGGGAUAGAGCUUCGCGCAAGGGAUUUGCUGGACUUGACGUCGCGUGGGACGUCAACGCGAUUCCGAUGCACAUGAUCUCCGUGAAUGUCAGGUAUCGUCGACUAUCGCGAAUUGAUGAGUGACAUUGUGAAACCGUCGCGAUAUAAUUCUCAUUCAGAGGAUGAUAGCACCUUGUCUUUUUGCUUGAUUGCAGUUUGAAUCCAAAGAAAAACGGCCCAGGAUCUUGGCAGAGAGAUAUAAAGACUGUGGUCACUAAAAGAAGAGUAUCACAGAGAUCAAGAUGAAAUCUAGCCGCAGAAGGUGGUAACGCUUUGUCCUCCAUCUCGAUUUAUCUAAAGAGAUCUCCAAGAUCCUAGAAGAAGAGCAUAAUCGAAGGAUAGAAUCGAUUUUUUCACGUCGCACCGAGAAACUCUUCGUCUGCGACGAACACGACGGAAUAAAUAACAGCUGCGAGGAUUUUGCAAUACGAUCCGCAGCCGAACCGAUCCCUCGUUGCACCUCCGCAGAAGAUGAUAGCACCGCGUCUUCAGCCUCAAUCCGCCUGAAAAGACGAGAGAUCUAGAUUCUCGUCGAGGAAGGAAGCAGGGAUCCGGCGAACCGACUUUAGCCGUCGGCCGGUGGAUAUCACGCCGUGAGUGCGGCGGCGGCGGCCUGCAGAUUGGAUGGUGCCGCGAGGAUUAACCCUCGGCAGGACGACGACGACACGGGAGCCGGAUCCGGAGCAGCUGCGCUUCUACGAUUCUCCGCCACGUAUGGACGCGAGCGUCUGCUGUCUGCCCGCCGGUGCCGCGGCUACCACGGGGGUCGCGCAGCACCCUCAUCCGGCAUCUCUACCCGGUCUGCCGUCCGCCGUCGGCGUCCAGCCGCCGACGUUACAGCCGACCUACACCGGCGCGCAGUACGCCGCCGAUCAGAUAGUGCCCGACAGGACCCAGCCCGACGGACCCCUCGCCACGGUGCUCGGAUGCAGCGCGCAAGACGGCUGGCAGCACAUCUCGUCGACGACGACGUCCGGCACCGGGAUCACCGGGGCCGUCACCGCCACCACCACCGCGUACAUCGAUUACUCAUGGCUGCAAAUGCAGCAGACGUCGGAUCUGGACACUUUGCUGUGCAGGCAGGACCUCGAUCGUUUGCAGAGGCUGGACGAGGAUGAGACGGACGCGAGAGAUACGCGGGAGCCGUCGUCGAUGCACAUGGAGGACUUCUUCGAGGUCGGCGGUCCCACUGCGGUGUGUCGGCCGCCGCAGGCCAGCUUCGUUCCCAGGAGUCAGCCGGCGGCGGGCGUCGGCCAAGACGAUGACGUCUUCCUCAGGCCGCCGCUCUGGGAGGAUAUCACGUCGAGCAUUCAGAAGCUGGACCCGGAGAACGCGAACAUGCUCGGCUCGCAGUCCCACGUGAAGAUGGAGACGGACGACGUGACGCCGCCGCCGGUCCUGUCACCGGUCGAGAUCAAGACGGAGCCGUUGCCGCCACCGCCGACCCUGCAUCUUCUCGAAGGGCCGGCCGCGAAUUCCGCGCAGAAUCCCUUUCCGAAUCCCUCCAGCGUUCAGCACGUGCAUCAUCGAACAACGACGCCGACGACGACGGGCACGACGGCGCUCUACAAGAACUUUUCCAACAACAAUAAUAACAAUAACAACAACAACGGGUCUGUUAAUAAUAAUAAUACGAACGGGAAUAACGCCGGUAGCAAUAACGGUGGCGGCAACGGCGCCAGCAACAAUAAUAACAGCAACAACGGCGGCAAUAGUGACUCGUCGACGACGAGUCAUCAUCAAGCGAACGGCAACGCGACGUCGCCGCUCUACGGCUCGAUGACGAGGCUGAUGUAUAUUUCGCCGCUGACGCCACCGAUCUCCGAUCCCGGUUCGCCCAUCGGCGCCGGUCCACCCAGACGGACGCCGCCACCCCCGUAUCCGCAGCCGGGCCCGAUCCUCAAUCCGGCGCAUCGGAUCCAGCCGUCGAUGUCGAACAAGUUCAACAGGCGGAAUAACCCGGAGCUGGAAAAGCGCCGGGUGCACCACUGCGAUUUCAUAGGUUGUACGAAAGUUUACACAAAGAGCUCGCACCUGAAGGCCCAUCAGCGGAUACACACGGGCGAGAAGCCGUAUCAGUGUCAAUGGCCGGAAUGCGAGUGGCGAUUCGCCAGGAGCGACGAAUUGACGCGGCACUACCGCAAGCACACCGGGGCUAAGCCCUUUAAAUGCGCGGUCUGCGAGCGCUCCUUCGCCAGGAGCGAUCAUCUCGCGCUGCACAUGAAGCGGCACCUCCCGAAGCAGCACACCAAGUGAGGAGAGUGAGAGAGUGAGAAAUAGAGAGAAAGAAGGAGAAAGAGCUCUCCUUGCUUCCCGUUCAUUCUCGACUACCUGUAUUUGGACGUGCGCGCGCGCUGCGUAAUUUUCGCCAUUCAGGCUGCGAGACGCGAAACUUUCGAUUCGAAUCUGUCACUUGGCGAACAUCGGAAGUCCAGGAAUGUGUAGAAAUUGCGAAGGUGAAAAGCAAAAAAGGUAUUUUUCGAGUAUUAUUCUGAUCUCGGAGCGAUAUUUAUGGCAUUACACUACAGAUAUUAUACGAUUUUGGAGACCAUUGUUGAAAAUAUUAAAUUCUUUAAUUAUUGUUGAACUUAGCCAGCUGUUUCAGAAAUUACACUCGACUUGCUUUUUGUGCAAUCGAUUCGCUGUAUCGCACUCGAUAUUCCGCUGUGCUCUCUAAGCUGGCUCCGGGCCGAUCAUCGGUGUGCCCGAUUCGCAAUACAUAUCGGCGAAGCAUCGAUCAAGUGAGCUCAAAGCGAGCGUCUUGACUCGACCGCUUCGGUUACGCUCACUACUGUUCGGUUAAGCGAUUAUGACGAAACACAUCCUUGGUGUGGGUGGUGAUCGCGAGGAAAUAUUUCGUCAUAGCGCUGCAUACUCACUCGCGGACAAUCCGAGCGAGAGAUAUUACGAUCCCCGUAACCAUAGCGUGCCUCACACCGACGGAUGGAUCCGAGCCUUCAGGUCGUAUCAAGAGAAGCAAAGCUAAACGGAAAGUAAGAGCGUAAGAGUAUGUUGCAUGCACAUUAAUCAUUUUUUAUGUUUUCCUUGAAAUAUCCAUUUCAAACUCGAUUAUAGUAAUACGAAUGUCGCAACAUGUUUGCAAUUUUUAAUUGAACCCACAAAGUGUUCAGUUUUAAAAGAAUGUUUAUGUAAGUUAAUGUUUCAAAGUUUUGUGAGGAAAAAAAAAACAAUACUUUAUUUAACUUUUCGCGGAAAUCCUUUUUUAAUGUGAUUAAUUCUUGCAGCAAGCAUUUCUACAUUUUUAUCGAAAUAUUUGCAUUUACAGGUAUAAACUUUUUUUAUCUUUUAUUUACACGUGUGUUUUCAUAGAAUUCUUAUUUACCAAGACGACUGCUUUUACUUCCACUAUUCUUAUCCAGAUAUUUUACGAAAGCUGCCGCUUCGAUAAUGAAAAGGAGAAAUAUUUGCUUUCUACUUGACUCGAAUACGACCCGUCGCAUCGCGAUGCCCUCGAAUUCGUCGCGAAAUGAUUUGCCACAUUAAAGCUAUGCUAUCACGAAAUUAUCGCUAUCUCGAAGCUGACUGCGUCUCUCGAGAUAUCCUAUUUGGCGUGUAAACGAUCGUUUGCACGGUCGGGUUUAAGCCGAAGAAGCUUAAUCCGCGCGUCUCGCGCCGCGCGCAUCGUCCCGCGUCAUUUCGAUAGUCGUUGCUAACGCAAAAUUCGCCCCGAUAUUUACCGAACCUCCUCGAUAGCAGAAACAGAUAGAUAGAAGAGCGAGUAUCACGCUUCGUCGUUAUCACGUUAUCCGCAUGUGAGAAACGACACGAUAUCGUGAUGCCUUAUGUACAAAUUCGCGUAGAGUCUUGAAGAGAUAAGGUCUUAUGGUCGAUGUGUGUGUGUGUGUGCAUGUGUGUAUGAGUGUGUGUCUGUUGGUGUGCUACAUGCGAGUAUGUAUUUAUAUGCGUAUUCUACACACGCGAUAGUCUAUGUAUGUGCUUGUGUAUACGUGUAAAAAAAAACGAAAGAACAGAAAAUACACAUUUGAUAGCCAUGUAGCUAGUGUAAUAUUAUCUGUAUAUUACGCGGAGCGAUGGGCCGGGAAUAAUUCGUUCUCACGCGUGCUCCGAUCGAUCCGAUCUGAUCCAUCGCUCGUCGUUCACCACGCUUCGCGCGAAAGGCACAGAUACUUCUUCUCGUGUAAACCGCGCGCUUAGCGCAAAAAUGUAAGAGGCGAACCUGUAGUGGUAGCCAGGGACGAGAAUUCAUGCGGAAAGUACAAUUUUGAAGUUUUACUGACAAUCUACUAAUCAUUUUUGCAUUAUUAAAUUAUUGCGAGUCUACAAAAUUAUUGUCCAAAAAAAAUUUGCCACUUUUUUCAACUGUACAUUCGUUAAAACUUUCUUAUUUGGCAAUAUUUUCAUUAGAAGCCCAAAUUAGUUUGUUGAAAUCUUCACAUGUCAUGAGACGAGUCGAAAUAGUUGAAGUUGUAUAAAUAAAAAUUGUAUUUUUUAUUUUAUUAAGAGUUGUUUUAUAACGUUUUUCUCUCUCUCUCUCUUAUUUCUAGAAACUCGGAUCGUUAGUUUUAGGUUCCUAGUAGUUCAAAUUUGUUUCUGGCACGCAGAAAUGACGCACAAGAAAGAGAAAGAGAGAGAGAAAGAGAGACGUCGGCGAAAAGCGAUUUCGCGUAUCUCGGACGUUCCGUUACGUUCCGAUGCGAGCAUGUCCCACCUUAGGAGCGCGCGCAAGAGGCCAAAAAGUUCGGUCCGCAGUCACCGCUUUGUAUACAGCGCACAAAUCGUUGUAAUAACCGAUCGAUCGGAUCGUUAUGUAGUUACGUGAUCGAACGUUAGACGGAAAACGAAGUAAUGUGUCUAUUUAUAUCUAUCUAUCCGCCUGCCUAUCCGUCUUUCGUCACCGCAUCCUUUCAGAGGAGAGUGAUUCCUUCGUCGUUGUUCGGUCCUCUUUCCUCGUGUCGCACCCGAGACACUUUUUUUUUUAUUUCGCCAUCCACUCGUAUCGGUUUUUCCUCUUUCUAUAGAAUUCCGCGCUUCCUCUCUGGUCGUUUUCUCCUUUUCAUCCCCUUUCGUCUUCCCUUUGAUAAUGACGAUUUCCCUGCUCUAGCUUGUCCGCCCUUCUGGGCCGAGCGCGAGGGCAACCUUGCGUUUACUCUUAAAUGCGAAAUAUACCUCAUUUGCAAAUAUGCAACAGUUAGAGCCGACGAGCGCGGUCUCUAAAAGCGCGCUAAUCAAAUUUGUAUGUAUCUCCUACUCUCGACUUCUUACGGUCUGUCCAUAAUGUUUACGAGACGCUGUAAUUUGUGUGUUGUGUAAUUUAAAUAUACAAUGAUAUAUCUCUGUAA